AUGGAUUGGCUUAUGGGCAAAGCCCGUGGUGUGAGUAAAGGGUUGAUGAAUGCCGGUAGUUCGAUAAUUACUUCCUCACCCACGGAGGCCAUUCCAGCCUACCAAAGUCCUCCGUCUCAUGUCGCUGCACAUAACACCCUUUCUGCCUCACCCAGUUCACCGACCUCGGACAAUGAGGUUAAAGUUGCUAUGAUUAAUGCCAGAGAGAUAUUUAUUGCAGAAGGUGGACGUAGCGCAUCGCCUGUAAGCAAGUUGUCAGUGUCUACUAGCAAUUCGCCCAUGUCUGCCAACUCUGUUCAACGGAGUUCGCCCCUCGGCAAAUUGAGUCCAAAUAUCACAAAACCUGUUUCUGUUCAUGUUGACGCAAACGACCCGGAUCUAUUGCCGGUGUUUUCGCAGGAGCACUACGUCCGUCAACAACUCACUCUGUCCGACAAGUCUGCAUUUGUUGAUUUCACCGACCUGGUCGAACCAUUCCCAGCAAUGGAUACAAACGAGUGGUUAGCAGCGCAUACAAUCGCAUUGUUCGAAAACCUUAGUACGAUAUUUGAUGCGAUUCACGAACUGUGCACCUGUCCGCAUUCCACCCCGGGUCAGACGGCUCCAGGCUCCGUUAUAUCUUCUCAUUCGCCGGUCGAUGUGCUAGAUGAGGACCGUGGGAAGAAGAGCAAACUGAUGAGCGUCUACCAUCAUCACCAGCCUACGCCUAACACCCCAUCUAGUUCAGAUCGUCAGGCAAUCGAUAGCGCUUUGUCUUCUUGCCACGAUUUGAUCCAAUCUGCACGUAUAUUUCCCGUGCGAAAUGGGGAGCCGUUCCCAAAUGACCUGCCCGUCUAUGUUACUUCAAUUUGCAAAAACCUGCUCAUUUGCAUCAUCCACAUCUACUUAUUCCACUUUCAUCACCUCGAACAGCUAGACCUGAUUUCAUAUAUGAACACUUUGGCAAAACACUUUUUUGCUUUCACACUCCGUUUUUCUCUGGUCGAAGAGAAGCAUUUCGAUCCAUUGUUUGGGUUCCAUCGCAUUCUACUGGCUACUAAUCCACCUAUCACGUUUAACACUGUCACAUCCUCGUCUUAA